UGUCAACGUGCUUAUAAAAAUAUGGGUCGGACUGAUAACUCGCAUUAAUAUUUGCUCUUUAGUUCCAAUCGCCAUGGGUGACAGAGACAGCGUCGCUUCUCCAGCAUCGGCCCAAACGGGUGACUCUGCCAACUCGGGAAGCCCUGCUGCACUCGAUGCAUCCAAGCUCAAUAUCACACUCGCAAAGACACUGAAGCCCCUGCAGCCCAUCGAGACGCUGCGUUUCGGCCAGACAUUCUCGGACCACAUGGUUGUUGCAACUUAUGACCCUGAAACAGGGUGGUCCGCGCCUGAGAUCAAGCCCCAUGGGCCCAUUACACUUGAUCCUGCAUGCUCGUGCUUUCAGUACGGCGGAAAUGUCUUUGAGGGCAUGAAGGCUUAUCUUGGGCCUGAUGGAAAGGCACGCCUGUUCCGCCCAGACAUGAACAUGCGUCGAUUGGAGAGGUCUUGUGCACGUCUCGCACUUCCACCCAUCGACGGAGAUGUCGUGUUGGAAUUGGUAAAGUGUCUGGUGAAUCUUGAGAGGCGCUGGAUACCCAAGGAAUCGGGAUACAGUUUGUAUCUGCGCCCCACCGUCAUCGCAACUCGCCCAGGUUUGGGGGUGAUAGCGUCUGACCAUGCUAUACUUUACAUUCUUGCAUCGCCAACUGGACCAUACUAUCAAAUGGUGAAGCCUGUUACUCUUCUUGCUGUCAGCGAGAAUGUGCGCGCGUGGCCGGGUGGAACUGGGGGUCACAAAGUCGCUGGGAACUACUCACCCAGCUUCUUGCCCCAACGAAAUGCGGCAGAAAAAGGCUACGACCAAAUUCUUUGGCUGUUUGGUGAGGACAGAAGAAUCACAGAGGCUGGAGCGAUGAACUUCUUCGUUGUGGUCAAGAGGGAUGAUGAAGAUGGCGUGGACCUUAUCACGGCGCCUUUGGACGGUACUAUUCUACCUGGAGUCACUAGAGCAUCAUGUCUUGCGCUCGCAAGCGAUCCAGAAUUCCUGGAAGAAAGCUCACUACGCUUGUACCCACAAGAAAAGGUGUAUACGUUGAGUGACAUCGCGAAAUGGUCGUCCGAGGGCAAAUUGCUGGAGGCGCUAGUGGUAGGCACAGCGGUGAUUAUCGGACCUUGUAAUAGAAUUGGGUUUGAGGGUCAGGACAUCGUGAUUCCUGGGGCCGGGAUGGGCCCAGUUGGUACGGCACUGCGGAAGAAGAUUCUUGAUAUCCAGGAGGGUAGAACAGAGUGGAAAGGAUGGGGCGUCGUCUGCCCUUAGUGGCAUGUUACAGCUAGAAACAGCAUUUGGCUCACACCUGCCUACCAAAAAUGGGCAAAUCCAUUUCACAUGUUGCUAGAUGUGGAAGUUGGUCCGUGCGCGGGCCAGUUGCCUUUAUAAACCUUUGCUCUUGAUUUUGUUUGUUCAUCUCUUGUGCUCGGGCAUGUACUGUCGCCAGUGAGGUCUUUACCGAGGCACAGUCUUUUGCUGAUUGCAAAUUACACAUCCGAACCCGUCUGUUAGCUUCGGCUUCCAGCAAUUUUUGCAAACCCCUUCGCCGUGAUGCUUUUGUUUGCGAAAACGAAGCAGAGCGAAAUCUUUCCUCUAGAUCAGAACCUUGCGACGGCUAUCUCAGCUUGUAUUUGCGUAUCUUAUUUUGUCAAUCUAUAGUUAUUUGCAAUGACAAACAUGCAGUUUCUUGUUUUCAA